GAAAGAGACGGAAUAAAAAGUUUGGUGUGUUUGGACGCUUUGUGUAUUCUAUUUCUGUCACGUAGAAACGAGUUUUGUGCAUAUAACAUUUAUAUGCAGUUAUUUUAAAUAGAAUCAAGUGUUUUUCUUCAUCAAAUAGUGUAAAACAUCAGAGUAUCAUCGUGAAAAUAGUUUUUUUUUGUGACAAUUGUUUUCGGUGUUAUAAUAAUUGUAUGAUAGUAUAUUAACAAUGUCAGUAGUAAUCAUGGAUUGUUUUCGUCAGUAGCGCGUUUCUUGAGUAAAAGUUUUUUUGACAACUGAUCCUUCACCUCAAUAUUGCCCUUCUCCAAUAUUUUUCAUUUUAAGUGAUCGCUGUUUGUCAAGAACCUAUAUAUAUAUUGAAAAAAAUAAAGAAAAAAAAAAACAGUGUUUUUUUUUCUCAGCCGGGGUCUUUUUUUUAUAUAGAGCGUCCCGCAGAUCAUUUUGAACUCGACGAGUCUACUUUUUCGCUGGCGAAUCGCCCGCGAAUAAUUUUACUAAAUCGAGUUAAUUGCACCGGGAAUUUAAAAAAAUAAAAAAAAAACACCAGUGUUCAUUUUAAUACGAAUUAAUAUUUUUGUUGAUUUGUAAUGUACCCAAAGUUUAGCACCGAGCGAAGAACCAUUAAAUCAACAAUCAACUUCGUACACUCGAAGAGGAAAGGAAUCUUCAUACACAAGAAAAAAAUGUUCAAAGACACAAUAAGUCUUAGAAAUCGUAUAAGUUUUUUAACAGCUCGUCGCUACUGAACGAUUUCAUUGAUAAGCUUUAUUGGGAUUUAAAAGUUUUUUCUUUUCUAAGACCAAAAUCGAUGAACGUAUAAAGCUUUCAUUGAACGAAAGAUCCUGAUCAAUAACAAACGUGAUCAUUGUCAUAAAGAUCGUUUACCUGGAGGUAGGAUCAUAGGAUUUUAAAACAAAAUGAAGCUAUUAGAGAGUUCACGAUUUGAAGCCAUCAACAGCGCUUUGUCAAUUACCACUGGUGACAGUAAAAUAAUUGGAAGGAUUGAAAGUUAUUCUUGUAAAAUGGCUGGAAAUGAUAAACAGCUUUAUAAACGAUUUAAUUCAGAGCAAGGAGUUACACCUCAUGAUCUUCAAGCUCUUUCACCCCCGCAGACAUCUCUUGGGACAUCACCGGCUCAGGGUUACUGCAGUCGUAGUAUUUCUGGGGACGAGGAUGGCCCACUGUGUGACACGAUAAGUCGUAAAACUUUGUUUUACUUGAUUGCCACCUUGAAUUCAGCUUUUCAUCCUGACUAUGAUUUUUCCGAUGCAAAGAGUCACGAAUUCAGUAAAGAGCCAAGUUUACAAUGGGUGAUGAACGCUGUCGACAGCAAUCUUAGCGCUACAGCAGGAGAUCAUUAUCGUACUCUUCGUACUGCACUUUGGGCUGCUGUAGAAGAUGAAAUUUCAAUGAAGGAGUGCGACAUUUACAGUUACAAUCCAGAUUUAGCAUCUGAUCCAUUUGGAGAGGAUGGAUGUUUGUGGUCCUUUAAUUACUUUUUCUACAAUAAAAAACUUAAGAGAAUCGUAUUCUUCACAUGCAGAGCAAUAAAUCCAAUCUAUGCGCUGGAUUCUGGCAUUGGGAGCGACUUUGCAAUGGAUGAAGAUGAGGAAGAAUAUUAGCUUUAAGCUACAUACUUUGAACUUUAGAAGUUUCCAUAAUAAUUAUUUCAAUAUGAAAAAUCUUUAUAUUAUAUAUCUGUUCCCGAGGAACAGUUUCUAUUCUCUAUUUCUAUACAAAUGUGAAAUUCUUUUCUCUCGACUAAUUUCUAUCAUUUUCAAAAUUAUUGACUUGUGAUAGCAUUCUUUUAUGCAUUGAUACUUAUAUAUAUAAAAUUAUAUAUAUUGAUACCUAUAUAUACUUAUAUAUAUAUAAAAUAUGUUAAUUUUACGUGAUCAACUUCCUGGUGAAAUAUCUAUAAUAAAUAAAUGUAAAAUCCUCGAAAUGAAAUAUCUAUUCUUGCAAUUAUGCUGGAAGAAGCAUGCUUAAAAUCCUUGGGAUUUGUUUUAUUAUUGAAAAGUAGUUUAAACAAAAAAAACAGAGUUCAUAUUUCAUAUUAUCAACUUAAGUAUAAAAUUUAUCCAUUUCAUUGUGUACGUUUUGAAUUACUAAUUUACGUAUGUAAAUGAGUUGCGUGUUAUUAUGUAUUUGCUCAUAAUUGAAAAGUAGUUUAAGAAAUAUACAGAGGUUAAUGGAAAAUUAAGUUUUCAAUUUAAUAAUUUAAUUUGCAAUUUCUAUUUAAUGUUUCAUAAUUAAUAAUUGUGUUUGACACAACGAGAAAUCAAUUCCUAUAAGCGAAUGAUUGAUAUUUAAAUAUUCUUUUUAAAAUAAUUUUCAUUGGAAUUCGUAUAACGUUUGUAGAAAAUUGUUUUAUUUUAAUUUAAUUAACAAACAGUUUACACACAACAGUGCAGUGCACUAUAAAGUUUUUCUUUUCUUUCUUUUUUAUGUAGAACGAUUUAAAUUACUCUAAAUAAUAUGAUGAUUUUCAAUUAAAAAUUUUCCAGACCUCAAUCAUGAUCAUUUGAUCAUUCAUCCAAUAAAAAAUGUAUCACAAAACGAUGUUUCACAGAAUUUUGUAUUAAUGUGAUUAGAAAACAAAAUCCAUGAAAUUGUAACUUUAGGUUACGAUGCACUUAUGUAAUUGUAUUUAAAAACAGUUUGAAAAAUACAUCUUCUAAUUGCUUAUUCCCUAUAAAGUCGUUUAUUAGUUAUAAGCUUAUUGCACUAAUGUAUUGUAAUAUCAAUAUAAGUUUAUUUUAAAAUACUUUAAUUCGAUUUUUAAAUCGAAAUUUAAAAUUAUGUACUACAUGAAUAUUUAGAGGAAGAAAAAAUCAAAUUGUAAGUAGACAUGUAAAAGGCGUAUAUAUUAGUGUUAAAAGGCUGUUUAUCAGACAUAAGUUUUUUUUU